CUGCCUGUUCUCUAUUUUAGGAGUAUUAAGUAUAUAAUAAUUUGGGGAUUAAAAUGAACUUUAUAGGUUCUGCAGAUGAAAACAGAGAUGCUUUUCUCAGGUCAUUUUCUGGCCACCUGAAAUCUACCUGGAGAUCUUUAGGAUUUCUUAUGUGUUUUGUAUAUAUGCAUAUAUGGUUGUUAGUAAAAACAAAGGAAGUAGGGAAUCCUUUACCCAUCCCUCAAGAGUGGCCUCUCUGUACGGUUUUCUGCUUUAGCUAAAAGGGUUAACUCAGCUAGUGAAGAGGAGGAGGAGUGGUACCCGGACUUCCUACUCUGAGACAUCUCAAAGCACUCAAUGUUAGAGCUAUUAAAUGUUCUACUGAACAUUUUGCCAGUUUGCAAAAAUUACGCAAAAAUGGAGUAUAAAUUUAAAAAUUGUGCAAGUCGUAUGACUUGCUUCAGACCAAAUUGUUCUUAAAAUGGAGGACUUUGUAAUUAAGCAAGCCAAUGCAAGAAAUGAGUGAAGCUAGAGUAAACUUUUUUUUUAAGUCAAGUUCAAUAGUGAGAAGAGGGGAAAGAGUAUAAACUUUGAAGAGCUGUGAAUUUAAUCUUCAUAGAACAUUGCUUUUUUGAGGUUUUUUUGUCCUGUGAGGCAGCCACAGAAGUUUUUCUGUUGUUGGAAGUAGGAAAGAAACCUCCCUGUCCACAGCAUCUGGUUAAGAUUAGGGCAGUUUCCUGCCUAAGGAGAGAAGGGAGGAGAGAGGGGGAAGAAAUGCAUAAUGAGAGUGAGAAGACAGCAAAUGUCUCUGUCUCAAAGUUAGAAAACAGGAAAUUCUGUCAACUUUUCUCUUGUCCUCUCCUGGCAAGAUCUGGAAAAGUAUCAGAAUUUAGACAAGGAAAAAAAUGUCUUGAAGAAAUUAUCAGAAUGCAAAAUUUAGCUGGAAAUCUCUCUUUCGUGUAUUCUCCAAACCCACUCCCACCUUGUUCAUCUCCAAGCUGGGAAUACUGGAGGAGACAGGAGCUGAGCCCAUUCUGAUUGUCUAGUUUCCACCCUGUUUCUGGUUGUCUGUGUGUGUGUGUGUGUGUGUGUGGUUGUCUGCGCAAGUGUGUAUGUCUGAUUGUGCAAGUGUGUGUGUGCGUGUGUGUGUGUGUGUUGGUUGAAUCUCCCCAAGUCAAAUUUGGGACCAUUUGUACCAGCACCCCAUCCAAACCUAGGCCCUUCCUGUCUAUCAUUGUUUGCUUUAUCAUAUAAAAAUCACCCUCAAUUCUGUCUACCUUGAUCUUAGAGCUUAGGUUUCCUCUGCCUCAUGGUUCAGAGGAGGGGGUUCUUAGCUUUGGGUUCAUGAAUUCCCUAGGAUUAUUGUGUGUAGAUGCAUUUUCUGGUGAGGCACUACACUUUUAUUAGCUUCUCAAAAGAGUGUAACUUCUAAAAGGUUAAGAGCCAUCUGUCCUGGAAUGAGGCUUCAGCUAUUUCCUCAUCCUAAGCCAAGCUGUGAAUCCCCCUCCAAAUGGAGGAGUCUCCCCUAAUUAUCCCCUUCCCCAGGAUGUGGGGGCUCAAGGUUCUGCUGCUACCCAUGGUGAGCUUUGCUCUGUACCCUGAAGAGAUACUGGACACCCAGUGGGAGCUAUGGAAGAAGACCUACAGGAAGCAGUAUAACAGCAAGGUGGAUGAAAUAUCUAGGCGUUUAAUUUGGGAAAAAAACCUGAAGUAUAUUUCCAUACAUAACCUUGAGGCCUCUCUUGGUGUCCAUACGUAUGAACUGGCCAUGAACCACUUGGGAGACAUGAACAGUGAAGAGGUGGUUCAGAAGAUGACUGGACUCAAAGUACCUCCCUCUCAUUCCCACAGUAAUGACACCCUCUAUAACCCAGACUGGGAAGGCAGAACCCCAGACUCCAUCGACUAUCGAAAGAAGGGAUAUGUUACUCCUGUCAAAAACCAGGAUGAAAGUUGUAUGUACAACCCAACAGGCAAGGCAGCUAAAUGCAGAGGGUACAGAGAGAUUCCUGAGGGGAAUGAGAAGGCUCUAAAGAGAGCAGUGGCCCGAGUAGGACCCAUCUCUGUAGCCAUUGAUGCAAGUCUGACCUCCUUCCAGUUUUACAGCAAAGGUGUGUAUUACGAUGAAAACUGCAAUAGUGAUAAUCUGAAUCAUGCGGUUUUGGCAGUGGGAUAUGGAAUCCAGAAGGGAAACAAACAUUGGAUAAUUAAAAACAGCUGGGGAGAAAACUGGGGAAACAAAGGCUAUAUCCUCAUGGCUCGUAAUAAGAACAACGCCUGUGGCAUUGCCAACCUGGCCAGCUUUCCCAAGAUGUAAUUCCAGCCAGACCAACCCCAUCCUGCUCUUCCAUUUCUCCUACGAUGGUACAAAGUAAUGAUGGACUUUGGAAGGGAGUUGGUGUGCCAUUCUUGAAGCAUAUGUGGUGAUAGUUGAGAUUGUUCAGUUUUCCUAUUUGUUUGUGCUUCAAGUGAUCCGUACUACAUUCCUUCUCUCCCACAAAGCCUUUUUCAAUUGGGCCACAGCAGGAAUUUCCCUGACACGUAUAUACUCUUAGGCUAAGAGAUAUGACCAUACCCUGUCCUGACUGGGUUGUCUUGGAGCUCAUGCUGUGCAAAAAGAGUCUAGAGAUCUUCAUAUAGGCUACAUUCUCAUUCACUGGGAUUAGUUAGCUUUAACCAUCUUAGAGGGCUAAAGUGACCUGACUUCAUAGUUUCCAAUUUCCCUCUAUAUCUUCAAGAGAGAAAUUUCUGUGUUUUCCACUCCAAUUCAUAAAGCUAUUAGUCUUUAGUAUAUGUUUAUGUAAGAUAUAUGUUUUAUUUUUCCUCCUUUGCACUUUUUGAAAUAAAGUAUUUAUCUCUGUCUACAAUUUAAUAAAUAGUGUGUACUGCCAUUCA